UGUGCGCUUGUUUAUACAUAUGUAUGUACAUAUAAACAUACAAAAAUGUACAUAUGUGUAUAUGUAUGUACAAUACAAAUAUAUCAAUAUGCUUAUUAAAGAAAUAAAAUGCAUUUCUAUAAGAAUCUUUAUAUAAGAAAAUAUAUCAGUGCGAAUACUUAAUACGCUGCUUACCUACAUAUGCAUACACAUAUAUGGUACAUGUAUGGUAUGCAUGUAAUUACAAGUAUAUAUGGCAAGCAGAUAUUUAUUCUACAUACAUAGCUUGUAUUUUUUAAAUUUGGUGCACUUCGCUGCUGCCCGCAACUCAAAAGCGAUGUUUUCAGUACAAAUUCGACACUUAACUGGUAUAGUAUGGGCGCAGUGGACCAUCAGACGGACAUUAUGCUUUCCUUUAAUUUCAUACGAGGAAUGCUGUUAUUGUUUAACCUAUUGCUUUGGUUUGCCGGUCUCUUGAUAAUCCUAACGGGCAUUUGGUUGCAAACGGAUUUUCAAAAUUAUUUGAAGAUUAGUGGCGGUUACUCGAUCUAUGUGCCCUACCUGUUGCUCAUCGUUGGCGGCAUCUUGGUGUUCGCUGCUUCGUUGGCCUGCUCAUGUAUCGUGAAGGUGGAUCCGACAAUGUUGGUGAUUUAUGGCGGUUUCCUCAUUGCUGCGAUGUUCACUUUGAUCCUAAUGUCCAUCUACCUAUACGCUUAUAAGGAUAAUGUGAUAAUUGGGUUACCGGAUGGUAUUGAACGAGAGGUUAACAACUAUAGUGCUUUCAAAAAUGAUCCGUUUCUUGCGAAUAAUGCAACUCUCAUCGAUUACAUACAAAAUACUCUUGAAUGUUGUGGCGGCAAAAACCAUCUGGAUUGGCCGAAAGACUCGCUACCGAACUCGUGUUGCUGGAACAGGAGCGAAAACAAGAAUUGUUCGGACUCUCAAUUGGGACAACUGCAUGAAGUGGGUUGCUUGCCUAAAUUGAUACGUCUUAUUAACACAAAUCUCACAAGCAUUGGCGUAAUGCUUUCGGUGUUGGCCUUAUUUCCUCUCUUUGCCAUGGUCUUUUCCUACUCACUAGCUUCGGCAAGCAGAAGGAUUGGCUACCAACCAAUCGCUUGAGUUCUGACGGCGAUUUUGCUUGACAAAUAUUUUUGUAAUAUAAAUUUCAUGUAUUUUCCUUUAAUUUAAGUCUAAAUAAAAUAUACACCCGAAAUACACUAUAAAUUUAAA